AUGAGUUUUAACUUAUUCUCGCAAUCUGAGAGCGGAAUCAACGCCUUAAGGAAUGCCAACCUAGACAGGAAGAGACAGCGGGAUCUGCAGGCCCAGAAAAUGCGUGAAUCUAAGCGCUUGAAGCAAUUGGCCGUCGACCAGCCCGAUUCUACAGUAACCCAAAAUAAUGGAAAUUCCAGUGUUUCCAUCAAUGAGGUACGUUUUUUCUUAUAGAUUGGUUUUGUUUUUAGAUAUUGCAUAGAAUCGCAUCUGGGCUUUGAAAUUCCGUUGAAAAAUCGAAAAUUGGUCGCGUACUUUUUGAGAAAAUUGGGUUCAAAGUUAGGGUCCUAAGGGCAAAAAAUUUGAAAUUUUGAAUUUUCAUGGUCUUUGCGCUUUCAGAACGUUCUGGCUGACAUCACAAAUGCUUCCGUGACUCCAAGAAGGACUCCUACGUCUCGAUUGAAUGGUCAACGUGAACGGGCGGCCGUGGCAACUGCCUCAGGGAAAAAAGUUCGGGAACUCACGGAAGAAGUGGAAAAACUGCAAAAAAAAGUUCAUGAUCUGACGGAAACUCACGCUCAUGAUAUGUGGCGAAUUAAAGAAAUGGCAGAAGAGAUAAAAAAGUUAAGAAAAAAAUUAGAUAGUCGUCCAGAAGAACAAAAAAAUCGUAAAAAAGUUGAGGAGUACCGGUCACCGGGCUACCAAAAAAACAUAAUAAAAAAAUUGGAGACUGAAAAGCUUGGAGAAUCAUUUAAAAUUGUGCCAAAAGAAAGUGAUUUUGAAAAAAAAAUAUCCGAUGAUGACGCAAUCGCACUGCGAGCAGCCGCCGGUUUAACGGACGACCAGUACCGAAAAUGCCAGAUGUUAAAGAAUUAUCAAUAAAAAUGAAAAAAAUCUCAAAUUUUACCUUUAUUUAUUACGCAACAGCUGCCAUGAUGCGGUGGUACAGUCCCCUUUUCCGAAAACACAUAAAAUUCUACACUAACUUCUCUUUUCACCGGUUGUUUUCACCCAAAAAAGAUUUUUUGUCGUUUUCGUAUAAAAUGGCAACCAACAUUUUCACAAAGCUCGGGCGCAGCUCACAAAAAUAGUUUUUGAAGAAAAUAAAUUGGCGUGAUGGCUGUAGCUGAACAACGAAAGCUAACAAGGGAAUGGUCUGAACUUCCCCCAAGCGUUCGGAAAAAUGACCAUUACAAGUGGAUAGAGCAGGUCGACUUCGGUAAAAACAAGCUAUUUUUCAACCGCAAGAGAAAAAUCGACCGAAAAUUCAAUGCAUUUCCCUCCAAAUUAAAAAUAGAAUAUCCCCAGUCUAACCCGACAGUCAUAGGAGCGACACCUUGAUGCAAAAUAAGGAGCAAAGCAGACAAAGUGUUACAUCUAUACGAACACAAGCCUCUUUUCUUCACAAUCCUUGACUCUUCCCUUUAUUUGAAAACACAAUUUCUAUAAACAACUUUGAAAGUCUUUGAUUUCUUCCCACCUCGUUAACACACUUUAAAGAAUUAUAAAACGUUCGUCAUGGACUUGAUGAACAACUUCUGAUUACAAGGCUUUCAUAAGAGUUCAACAUUCUGCGACAUGUCUGUGUUUUUACACUUUUUUUCGUUUUUUUCACUCUGUUUUUUAAACUUUAUUUAUUUUCAUACGGUAUAAAAACGUUAAAUGGCCGUGGAAUUGGUCCAAAUAAAGAGAAAAUCAAAUUAAAAUGAAAUGAAAAAGGAGAGUAAGGUCAAUUCGACUACAAAGUAUUGUUUAAUUAAGCAUUUAAUUAAGGCGAUGGAGAUUGCUACAGUAAUCCGCAGUCUUUUCGGAUGUAAUUGAGCGCAUUUUGAUACUGUCUGAUGUGGUUUCGGAUUUGAUAUAGCCUUCAGAAUCAAGUGCUGAUAUUACACAUGGCAUGGUUGUAUAAGUCAUGCUAGACGCACGUCAAGCCCUCUCCAAAUUAGCCCGCACUUCCUUGAUGAUGUUACAGUAGUCUCCCUGGUGAAUUAUUCCGUCAAGUGGCUUCUUUUUGGGCUUUGAUUGGAUUCGAAUCCUCGGCCACUUAAUUCCCGUCCCCUCGAGAAUUGCGCCCCACAAUACGGGGUUUGUCAUCUGUGGUUAGGGCGCCACGGCAAAAUGACCGGUUAUGAGGGCCAAAUUGGCGCCUGUUCCGCACCGUGAAUUGAUGUUUUUCCGGCGCCCCUCCUCAUACCGUCCAAUUUCCCGUCCAAGACAAUGUGCCCCGAAGAGUGGAGCCAAAACCAAUUACGGGGCGCGGAAAUCGUGCCCCAAUUCCUCGCGGUUUGAUUGCGGAAUCGGGGCCAAAUUUAUUCCUUGCCGGGUCCUCCGGGGGGAAUGGAGGAGGGCGGGUGCAAAUAAAGUCGAGGAACUUGAUCGGGGCCUAUUAUGCAAUGAGUGGUUUCGCGGAUUUUGGCGCUUUAAUAGUCGCAAAAUGGGUGCGAGACGAUAGAAUAUGUCAUAGCGGCGGCGCUGCGACCAAAUUUUUAAAUUAAGGGUGAAAAUUUAAAAAUUUGAAAUUAGUCAGUAUAGUAGGUACUGUGGAGAAAUUAGCAGGCUAAAUUUAGCUACAGUAAUCUCAAAAUUUUCGUUACGCAAGAUGACAAUUAAUAGCGUCUUCUGUUGCUAAAGGUUCAAUCGUUUUUUCAUAACAUGUUUAUCUUGUCGGCAAAGAGCCUUAGGUCAGAGAGAAAAAAAAACAAAAAAAUCGGACUAGUGUCUUAUUUUUUCUGCUAGUUUUGAAACCCUAUCCAGAAAGUUUUACCGUCCUUUUAUUGUUAUAAGAGCAACUGAACAGAAUGCCAAAAUCAAAAAAAAAUGCUCGAUUAGGUCGUAAGAUGGAUAAAAAUUAAAGAAAAAAUGUCUCUUAAAACAUUUUUUUCUCUACCAAAACUGCCAAAUUCACUAAUCUUUUACUCUGAUCGGUUGCUGGGCUAAGCCGCGGCCCCUCAAAGCCCCUCGUCACCGGCGAUUUCCCUCGCUUACAGUUUAAUCGGCCACUUUUUUUGAACCCGCCUCCUAAUACCCGUCCAAUAUCCGGGGCCGAAUGCGCGGAUUAUGCAACGACACGUGUUAUUGUACAUAAAAGCGAAAUGGGAUGGGGGGAGAUUGGAGUGCCGAAAGUGAUCGAGGCAGCGGGGAGGGCGGCUGUUCGCAAAAAUGGGGCGGAGUCGGGGAUCGAAGCUAAUUGGCUGUCAAUUUCGACGUUCAGGCCCAUCUUUUCGUUUUUUCGCCCCAAAAACUCAUCAUUUGUCUCCAGUCAUCAUCGGCCAAUCAAACCGUGGGCCCGGCAUAACAUCACAUUCAUCAGUGGGGCCGUGUUUUUACAUCCGCACGCUGGGAUCGGUGGGGUUUUGGGGGAGUUAUGAGUUUUGGAUAAUAACACGGAGGUUUUCUGAUCAUACGAUUUUUUGUGAUUGUUAACAGUGAAAUGUUUAUUUCUAAAGGCAAUUUUUGCAUAUAUCACUGAAUUUUUUGGCCCUUAGAUACCUCAAAUCAUCUACCUUUCUUCUCUAAACUUCCUAUCAAACCAACAUCAGUGACCACAUCCACUCUACCAUCAGUUCGCAUAUCUCCCCUUUGCGCGCUUAUUAAUCGCUCAUCAUAAUCGCCGGCGUUCCUUUUUUCGAAUGUGCCACAGUGUGGUGAUUAAUCAUAGCAGAGCAAAUCGUUUCCACUGAUUAUCACCUAAACAACACUGCACUUUACUUUUUCUCUCCGGAUCCCCCACAAGGGAACUGAACUUUUUUCUUCGCGCGAUUGAAAUGUUUUCGGGGCGUGGGGAAAAAGGCUUUGGAUCAAGUGUAAGGUGGUGUAGAGGGGGGUUUUCGGGGAUUUCAAGCUGCAAAAUUAUGCAAUUUUUGGUAAAAUUUGGGAUUUUGAUGAUUUUAGUUUUGUAAUCAAAGAAUAUGAUGAUUUUGCGUACUGUUAUGUGCAUUUUGGGAAAUUUUAAGCUGUCUUAUUAUGAUUUUGAUACACUAAACUACUUCAUAGAUCAUUAUCCCCCUUAUUCCAGCCUUAUCUUCCACUUGCUUCACCUCAAAUCUUACCUCCAGCCCCACCUCUCACCUUCCUCUUGUUCAUUGACACCCAUGCGUUAAAUAUAAAUUUAUAUUCUCUCCCUUUUGUGCCAUUCUCUCCGCUGGUUGCGCAAUAAAGGAGUAAAUUCUUUGAGAAGUGUGAUUUCCGCAGGAUAUUGGGUGAUAUAAGAGAUCCAGCUCGACGGCAUCAGGCCGCAGCGGGAGCUCGAAGAUUCUUCAAAUAUUUAUUUUUUGAUUAUCUCCCGCGUGAUUUUACGUCGAGACUACGGCGAGGUCGGUGUUUGAUUAGUCCGAAACAUUUCAAUUUUAGUGUCUGCUGUUUAAUAGGUACUGUAAUUUCAGCAGAAUGGCGGCGUCUCCAUCAAGUUCAGAGGCCAAAUCAAAGAGCGCUUUUGCUUUUUCGGUCCAGAGUCUUUUGUCACCGUCAGCUCCAAAAACAGAGCCUCUGGAAUCUCUUCUUCCGACUCCGGAUUCAACUCUCCCUUCGCCGUCGGAGGAGCUCUUUAAACCUGUAGCUUUCCCCAGUGCCCCAAUCACCCCAACCACUUCAUUACCCAAUCCUUUGGCCUUUUCUGGAGUGCCAACCAGUCUUGCGAACCCAAUGUUGUUAGCUGCUAUGGCCAUGUAUGGGAAUCACAGUGAUCCCGCAGCCAUGAUGAUGCUUCAGAACUUUGCUAGAGGCUCAGCAGCGUCUGCGAGGGAAGGGAGUCCGCAGGGAUCGUCUACAUCUUCAUCAUCUCCGCAAUGCGCCAACUCUAGCUUUAAUACCUGGCUGACAAUCAAUGAUUCUCCAACUUCUAGUAAUUCUGGUAAGCUUUUGAGGUUUUUGCUCUAUUUCUCUACCCUAAAAGUUAUUGUAACACCUUAUGAUGACAAAUCAUUGAUAUUUAUUUAUUUUUUUAGAUGAACAUCGCAUCUCGCCCACAGCUUUAAGCAAAUGUAUGUUAAGAAAGCACAAGUCGAAUCGCAAGCCCAGGACGCCCUUUUCAACUCAACAGCUAAUGGCGUUGGAGCGCAAAUUCCAACACAAACAGUACUUGUCGAUAGCGGAAAGAGCUGAAUUCUCGAAUAGCCUUCAAUUGACCGAGACUCAAGUCAAGAUUUGGUUUCAGGUAAGAAAUGAUUUAAAUCAACAAAUUUCAAGACAAAAUUUACAGUAGAUUUUAAAAGCCGAUGGGCAAAAAUAAUAGCGAUGCCCUUGGAAUUAUAAGGUUCUAACUUUUGCUGAUUACUGGCUCGAGAUUACUGUACUAUUCCCAUCCAUUCGAGGUCAAUUUUCAACCCGUUUUUUUCGCGCGUAAUUGCCGCUUGGUUGACAAAAUUCCGAGUACCGUAGAAAGGUCGCGUGGACUUCACGCGGCGCAAAAACUGGCUCGCCAUCUGGCUGCUGAUUAAUCGACCUUAUCCACUAUCAACUCGUCAAUUGGGCGCUAAAACAAUAAAACCCCGGGCAGAUGGCCUUAAGUGGCGAAAGCAGCGAGCGCCGCCGACUCAAUACGUACGGUAAUGGGGUCUUUGUUUGCUGUGGUUAUCGGGACGGGAUCGUGCGCCAAUUACCUAAUACCCAUCACCCCGGUCUUUGUCCUCGGAAACCCGUAGAAUCAGAUAUUUUGGCGAUUAAGGCGCGAUUGUUGCGCAAGCGUAUGCACAGCUUAUAAUAAUUUAAUGACCUCGCUUAAUCGGCUUCGUAAUCGCUGAUACGCAGUGAUGGAUCGUGGGGCUUCCGAUGGGAAAGAAUGACGGAGGCUAGGUGAUGGAUAACAUGCUAAUUAAGCCGGAUAUUAUACAUGGUAUCAAAAAAAAUUCUGCCUCAAAAUAGAGGCCACUAAAAAUUUAAUAAACAAAGAUAUUAGGCGCAUUAAAAUCAUGACUUUUUCAGAAUCGCCGGGCCAAAAACAAGCGACUCCAAGAAGCGGCGAUCGAACGAACUCAAAUGGCGCAGUUGGCGGCCGUCGCGGCCAAUUCAAAUUUCAAUUUUUCGUGUCCUCAGCCUCAAUGGUAG